ACAUGAUACAUGAAGGUUUAAUGCCGUAAGCAGUCGGCCAUUAAAGGUUUUUCUGAAGGUUCAUCUUAAAUUAAAAGAGUAUCCAAUCUUCUAAAGAAAACUAUUUGGUAUCGCAAUGGGGAGAAAGAAGAAAAAGCCUUCAAAACCUUGGUGCUGGUAUUGCAAUCGAGACUUCGAUGAUGAAAAAAUUCUUUUACAACAUCAGAAAGCUAAACAUUUCAAGUGUCAUAUAUGCCACAAAAAACUUUAUACAGGACCUGGACUAUCUAUACACUGCAUGCAGGUACACAAAGAAACACUUGACCGAGUGCCGAACUCUCUUCCCAACAGAGGAAACAUUGAAAUAGAAAUUUAUGGCAUGGAAGGAAUCCCAGAAUCUGAUAUUAGAGAUCAUGAAGCCCAAAAACAAGCUGGCAGAAUUACAACUGCUGCAGGUGCAGACAGUAGUGAUGAAGAAGGAGGUUCUUCAGCAAAACGGGCAAAGACAGCUCAACCUGCAGUUCAAGAAUCAUCAACACCAAGUAUUCAAUCCAUUGGAACCAUGCCGAUAACCCCAAUGCUUGCAUCUCCUUUCAUGGGAAUGGGUCCCAUGAAUCCAUACUUAGGACAUUUACCCUUACCAAUGAUGGGAUCUGUGCCACAAAUGCCUCUCCCUGGUGGGGCGGUUUCAUCACCUCAGACACCAUCUAAGCCUCUUUUUGCAUCCUCUAGUAGUCCUUCAUCAAGCAACAGUGCCUCCAAACCAGCAUUUGCUGCAUAUGGUUCUGGUGGUGCUGGGGCAACUAUUGUUGGUGAAUCAACUGUUCCAAAAAAGUCAGGUGUCAUUGCUACUCAAGCUGGUUCCAGCAAAAUAAUGCACCCAGAAGAGGAUCUCUCAUUGGAAGAGUUGCGAGCCAGGUGCCAUCGAUAUCAAAGAAGCGCUGUACCUACAAGUAUGCCUCAGGUAUCGAUUGCCAGCCCACAAAGUGCUACUGUUACUCCUGUCAGCUCUGUAAGCAGCGGACAAAUGGGCUUGCCAAUGGGCCAUCUCCCAGCCGGGAUGAUGAUCCCGAUGCCUAUGACACACAUGGCGCUCCCCCCGCAUAUGCAAAUGGGAAUGGCCCCUAUGGGACUUCUCCGAGCACCGCACAUGCAUCCUGGCAUGCCUGGAGGAUUCUCUCCAUAUGGUGCCCCUCUUGGUUUUCCGAUGAUGCCACCGCGCUUCCGGUAGGGAAUUUGAACUGGACUAUUCAAAACUUUUGAAAUUCCUCGUAGAAAAAAAAACUUCACAUGUCGUUCUUUAAUUCUCCCUCGCGAUCAUGACUAAUAAUUAUUGAUUUUUUUUUUUUUCAUAAAAAGAUGAAUUACUUUUUUUCUACUUAUUCAUCCCUUUUCUCUCCCCGAGUAUGCGUGGUCUUUGCAGGCGCCAUCUAAGUGAGUGUAGACAUUUUUAAAAUUUUUUCUUUCAUUCUUGAUUGAUCGGACUAUCCGAAUCGUUAUACUUGAUAACGGCAAUGUCAAUCACGUAAGUACGUUUAAUCACUGAUGGUCAGCUCUACUUUCUUUCGCUAUCUUCACCAAUCUCACACUAUAGUGUACCAUAAUUUUAAGUAACUGGGCGUUUAUGUGAAUGUAGUUGGUUCGUCCUCUCCGUCUCGCUGAAAGAGAACAAUACAAGGCAAGUCCCAUCAAA